AUGAUUGCCGAUUGGUUUGCUGCAAAUACUGGACAAAUAACAUUAAGAAGACAAUUGAGUAAAGUACCAAAAGAGACAACGAGAAAACAUAUCCAGGAAAAAAUAUUGGAAAAGCAAGGAAACGAUUGGCAAAAGAAAGCUUAUAUUCUGUCUUCAUUUUUGGCCUUCAAAGUAAUCAAAAAUCCAAAGGAAGUGUGCCAUACACGAUUCUCAAUCCGUUCCCAGCCAGAGUCAUUCUCUCUAAUGACCAGUAAUGAUCAGGUCGCUAUCAGCACCAACGUCGGUCGCUUUGAUGCGACCCCCGUUGAGGAGACGCAUGCUCAUCCCGAUACAAUGGAUAAUAAAACUUUUACCAACUUCAUAGGGAAUGAGCUUAUAAGAAAAUUCAAAUCAUUUGAUGCAAUAUUAUUCAAAGAAGGAUUGAACAAUGAAUUUCUUAUACUUCAUCAAAUGUGGAAUUAUUUCGGAAAGCCUGAUAAGGAAGACGAUGCCGUAGAGACAGUUAACAUGGAAGUUAUGGAGUAUGAAAACGAAGAACAUUCCAGUGAAUUGGAAGAGGCCAGAGGCAGACCAGAACCAAAAACUAGGCCCUUACAUUUGGAAAAUAUCAAUGUUAAUGAAAGUAUCAACAUUAACCCAUUAGAACCGAUCAGAUCAGAUUGUGAAACUUCAGACCCUUUUAGUAUAUUUAUUCAUACUUCAGGAAGCAGACCAGAAACAAAAACUAGGCCUUUACAUUUGGAAAAUAUCAAUGUUGAUGAAAGAAUUAGCGUUAAUCCAUUAGAUCCUGUAAAAGAAUCUGCGAAUUCAACUGAUAUUGCAACUAAUAAUUUUGGAAAUAUAAAAUUGCCUGAAACUUUGAAGACACCUUCAAUAGAUAAAACUGAUGCAGCUACUUCAUUAUUACCAUCAACCAGUAAAAGAUGUAUCAGUGAUUUCCUUACGAUACCAGACAAACCCCAGCGAAAGAAGAAGCGGGAUGUAGAGCGUGUUUCGUUUGCCAUAACUUCUAGAUCUUACCAAGAAAAUUUUGAAGCCAAACGCGCGCUUAAAUUAAAAGAGGAGAGUGAGAAAUUGGAGAGGAAACGAUUGAGAGAAGAAAAGGCUGCAGCCAAAGCAAAUUUGGAAAUUAAAAGAGUUCGUAAGUCAGCUGAUGGUAUAACUAAUGGCAAUUGUUUUGUAUGCACUAAACAACUAUAUAAAAAUAGCCACUACUUUAAAUGUGAUAGUUGCAAAAAAUAUAUCCAUCGUCACUGCGUUCCCAAGAAACACAAAAACCACGUUCCCGACUUAGAAGAUGUUGAUCUGUUCAUGUGUCACAUUUGUUACAAGGAGGAAAGCGAUGAUGGAGCCGAUAGUGAAGAUUUUGAUGAGAAUGAAGAGGAAGAUAACUUAGAAAUAGAUCAAAACAAAAACGACAAUGAUUUAAAUGAUAAAAGUUCAGACGAAAAGAAGAAAACUGAUGAAAAUGAGGAGGAAGAAAUAGAUUAA